UGAAUUGACAAAUAAAAAAAUUGAUUUAUUGGAGUUUAACCAUUAAUUAAUUUUAAACUGAACUUAAUGCGUAUAGAAGAAACUGUGUGCUUUAAUUUUAUUUCUAUUCACUUCUGUGGGAUUUUGCAAGACGCAUAAAUGCAGUUUUACACAGACUUUAAGCAAUUAAGCCACUUUGUCAUGAAUUUUUGUGUUAUUCAAAUAAAUGAACUUUUGCAAAACCUGUUCCAUGCUAUUUAUUUGGACUUUCAAAUUUUCUUCAAUAUUAAGUGAAUUAUUGAUAAUUGUUUUAAACAACCCUAAUUUUCAGUAAUAAAUGCUAAAUAUAUAAAAAAGUUUCUACGAGCUUCACUAACAAAUCAACAUCUCUACAAAAUAUUUAAAAAUUUGAAUCGAUCUCCAUAAAAUUGUACCGAAUAUCACCGCCAACCGCAACUCGGACACCAUGAUUUCCUGUAUAAAACAAACUUCUG